AUGGGUGACUUUGUUGGUGGCAGUUUAUUCUCAACAAGCAGAUUGACAACGUGCAGUGUGUCAUCAACAUCAAGCACGUCGCUGUUGAAUAGCCAAGUAGCAGCGAUGCAGGACGAUUUGUUGAUUGAGAAGCAGAGCACUGCUAAGCCAGCGCCACUGUCACCAGGUGGCCUGGAUUCGGUGGUUACGACUGGUCAGGAUAAGCCGAAGGAUACGGAGCCCGAGAGUAUUGCAAUAGCGAGAUCAACGCCUUCGUCUAUGGACAAAGACAUGACGACGUGUGGCACAACAUCGAGUCUUCAGGGCUUCACGGAUCCAGUGCGUGUGCCAUCGCUGUGGGCAGCUGUGCCAGAAGACAGUGGGCUGCAUGCACUACCGGUCAACGGUUCAAUAGCGACCUUUCAGAAUUUUCCGGCUGGAGGGCCAGCGGGUCUGUUCGCCGGAUCUGGCGCAAGACGUGCUAUAACAGCUAGUCAUAAUUUUCAACACGGCGGCAGUACGACUGGCGGUGUACGGCACGGUCUGCAAGUUGGACAGCAGAAUGUGUCGCAGCAGUCGCAGGGACCGAAUCAGCAGGCGCAGCAGCAGCAGCAGCAGCAGCAGGGCUCGCAUCCCGGUGUUUAUCUGCAGGGAAAGGGCUAUGCCGCUUGGUCUGGCGGUCCGCAGGCGCCUCAGCAGUGGGGCAGUGGACCUCAGACCGCUGCUAGUCCCGCUUUGUCGCCCUGGAGCCGGGGGAGAUCUGUUCCCAAUUUACCACCGCUGCACUCGUCACUUCAUGCCGCUGCUGCGGUCGCCGCUGCUGCUGGAUUGCAGGGGAGGAAACCCAGUCCGACUUUUCCGGGGCAUCCUGGACAGAAUCAGCCGCAUCCUUCUAAUAUCAGCCCUAUUAAGUUUCGUCGGAGCACUUCUUAUCCCGGCAAGGGGAACCUCUAUCCACCUCAGCCUACACCGACUUUUGAAGUUACAGCCGCUGAAGAACGGGAGUUAAUGCAGCUGUCUCCGUAUCAGCAGGAAAGGAUGACGGCAAACGGAAAUUCAUCGCUGGACAAUAUGCGAACUCUGGAACAUUACUUGAGUGACAUAAUGCGAGCAGGAGCAGCUGACACACCGGAGCAUCUGAAGGGAUUUAUAAACUCCAACGUCAGCACACUACAGUCCCUUGCGCAGUUGCACGGCAAAUCACCGUUCUUCCCGGGUCUCGAGGAGCAAGGUGGAACCCUCCUUGAGGAUCCAAAUGCACCAGGACAGCUUGACGGUGUAGGCGUUGGUGUGGGGGUUGGUGUUGGUGUGAGCGGUGGCAUGAAUGCACCGCAGAAUGCGCCCUUAUCGUCACCGAGCCGCAGCAGCCCCCACAGCCAGGGCAGUGAAACCGGUGAGCGCUUCUCUCGGAAGGUCUUUGUUGGCGGUCUACCACCGGACAUCGACGAAGACGAAAUCACAGCUAGUUUCCGGCGAUUUGGGCAGCUGGUCGUUGACUGGCCACACAAGGCCGAGAGCAAAUCGUACUUUCCGCCCAAGGGAUACGCUUUUUUACUGUUCCAGGACGAGAGCUCAGUGCAACAGUUGAUUGACGCAUGCAUUCAGGACGAUGACAAGCUCUACUUGUGCGUGAGUUCACCAACAAUCAAGGACAAACCAGUGCAGAUACGUCCUUGGCGUUUGAGCGAUGCUGACUUUGUUCUUGAUGCAUCGAUGACACUCGAUCCACGAAAAACGGUGUUUGUCGGUGGUGUACCACGGCCAUUAAAAGCUGUCGAGCUUGCCAUGAUAAUGGAUCGGCUUUAUGGUGGUGUUUGUUACGCUGGAAUUGAUACCGAUCCAGAGCUCAAGUAUCCCAAAGGGGCUGGACGCGUUGCUUUCAGCAACCAACAGAGUUACAUCAGUGCCAUCUCGGCGAGAUUUGUACAGUUGCAGCACGGUGAUAUUGACAAAAGGGUCGAGGUGAAACCCUACGUUCUUGAUGAUCAAAUGUGCGACGAGUGUCAGGGACAACGUUGCGGUGGCAAAUUUGCUCCCUUCUUCUGUGCAAAUGUAACCUGCCUUCAGUACUACUGUGAACACUGCUGGGCAACAAUUCACUCCCGGCCCGGUCGAGAGUUCCACAAGCCCCUGGUCAAAGAAGGCGCAGAUAGACCACGAGCCGUACCAUUUCGCUGGUGUUAACCCCAGCUGCAUCGCACCUAAUGAUCGUCGCGGCCCUUAGCUAAUUAACUGUCAACCCAGCCUCUAUUACCCAGAACCCCCCUCUCCCCCUACCGUUUAACUAUCUACCACUAUCUAUACCGUCUAUUCGUCACUAUUUACUACUGAAUCUUAUCGCUAAUCUAAUUCUUGCUACUCCACACCUUUACUACUCUCUAAAUUAACCGUUUACUCGACGAAAAGAUGAAGACAAACUGAUAAUUAUGACUCAGCGAGGCUUCCUCGGCUGUUUGCGAAGCCUGGGGGUUGCAAAAUGAUGAAUGAAAGAUGAACGUAAGUGGAAUGACAAUUAACGACCCUUCGAUGACGAUCAGUUGCACUCGAGUGUCAUCGAUUGUCACCAGGAGGCAAGUGACAAGUUGGGAAAAGGGAAGCGAUGAAUUUUGAAGCAAAUUGUGUGAGACAGUGCAACACUUUCCUCACCCUCUUCCACUGAUUUAGAGAGGCUGGAACACACUGACUAAUCCUGACAUCCUCGGGGGGUCAUUGAGACGUUGAACACGACAGAAUUAUUCGGAGUGAAUAACUGAUGACUUUAUGUUUUUUUUUUUUUCAAUCAAAGAUAAUACGAGGGACGAAGCAAGUGCGUACUAAAGGAUGAUAUCACGCUUCAUCGCCUCUGUAUUAGCGGGAAAAAAAUUCACUGUAUCGCAAAGUCUCUAGAUAUUUAAGAAAAUUUUUGAAUUAAGGUGAUGACUAUUCAAAUAGGGAAUGAAUUGCAAUGCGAAAUUUUUAACGCGUAUUCUCUUCAUUUCUGAGACCGUGUUGUGGAUUAGAAGUGAAGUGAGAUAAUGACGAGAUAAGUGUUUGAAAUAGGUGAGAAUGAUGUUGAAAAGUUUAAUUUUUUUUAUUAUUUUUUGUUUCUUUAUUAUUGUAUUUGUUUUUAUUUUUUUUUUUCAAUUUAAUAUAUUUUUGAGCUAAGAAGAAGCUCGAUACUCGACGGCUCACAGGGAGGGUAGUCCACGAAUCUCUCGUGUUUCAUUGAUAAAUCGUGAUGAUGAAAUUUUUUUUUUAAUUAGAGUCAAUUUGGUGUUGAUGAAUGAGUAGUGAGGAUUCGUUUUUAUACCUUUCGUCGAAUUUGAGUUUCUUCCCAGUAUUCAAUUGACUUUUAUUUUUUAUUCUUUGAUUUAUCGAUUGAAUGAUGUGUGUAGAUUUUUCAUGAACCGGGUGAUUCAUUAGAAAAGAAAAACCGCAAUUCUUGAUAUAAA